GCGCCCGGCGCCCGGCGCCUUUGUGAGCGGCGCGGAGGACGCAGCGGCCCGCGCGGCGGCCGGCAGGCGGUGGGGACGGCGCUGGUCUGAGCUGGACCUUGUCUGAUGGCUUCCUCCGACCCUCCUCCACAGCCUGCCGCAGGAGACCCCGAGGUUCCCGGAGCCCCAGGCCCCUUCCCUGAGGCGGAGGACGACGCCGGAGAGGCCUUUGAGUUCGAGGACAGCGAUGAAGAGGACAUCGGCACAGGCCUGGCUGUUCCCUGCCCUGCCCCUGAGAGGGAUGCCGAGCCCCCUCUGAUCCACUUUGACUCUGCCCCCUGCACAGACCCGGCGCCGGCCGCCACUCCGUCCCAGACUGAGGUGCUGGCUGCGGUGCACAAUGGGGACGCGGUGGAAGCAGCUUUCCCUGGGGUCCGGCGCUCCAGCUGGAGGCGGAAGAGCUCCCGUCGCAUCGAUCGGUUCACUUUCCCUGCCCUGGACGAAGAUGUGAUUUACGACGACGUCCCCUGUGAGAGUCCGGAUGCUCCUCCGCCUGGGGCGGAGAAGAGCCUGCUCUAUGAGGACGUGCACAGAGGCGGGGCUCCCCGGGAGGCCGAGGACCUAGGCUGGAGCUCCAGCGAAUUCGAGAGCUACAGCGAGGACUCCGGGGAGGAGGCCAAGCCGGAGGUGGAGCCUUCUAAGCACCGAGUGUCCUUCCAGCCCAAGCUUUCUCCAGACCUGACUAGGCUAAAGGAGAGAUACGCCAGGACUAAGAGGGACAUCUUGGCUCUGAGAGUUGGGGGGAGAGACGUGCAGGAGCUGAAGCACAAGUGUGACUGUAAGAUGACCCAGCUCAUGAAGGCCGCCAAGAGCGGGACCAAGGACGGGCUGGAGAAGACCCGGAUGGCCGUCAUGCGCAAAGUCUCCUUUCUGCACAGGAAAGAUGUCCUCGGUGACUCAGAAGAAGAGGACAUGGGACUUCUGGAGGUCAGCGUGACGGACAUCAAGCCCCCAGCCCCAGAACUGGGUCCCAUGCCGGACGGCCUGAGCCCUCAGCAGGUGAUCCGGCGGCACAUCCUGGGCUCCAUUGUGCAGAGCGAAGGCAGCUACGUGGAGUCCCUGAAGCGGAUACUCCAGGACUACCGCAAGCCCCUGGUGGAGGUGGAACCCAGGGUGCUGAGUGCCCGCAAGUGCCAGGCCGUGUUCUUCCGCGUGAAGGAGAUCCUGCACUGCCACUCCAUGUUCCAGAUCGCCCUGUCCUCCCGCGUGGCUGAGUGGGACUCCACUGAGAAGAUUGGGGACCUUUUCGUGGCCUCCUUCUCCAAGUCCAUGGUGCUGGACGUGUACAGCGACUACGUGAACAACUUCACCAGCGCCAUGGCCAUCAUCAAGAAGGCCUGCCUCACCAAGCCGGCGUUCCUCGACUUCCUCAAGCGGCGGCAGGCAUGCAGCCCGGACCGAGUCACCCUCUACGGGCUGAUGGUGAAGCCCAUCCAGAGGUUCCCGCAGUUCAUCCUCCUGCUUCAGGACAUGCUGAAGAACACCCCCAGGGGCCACCCCGACAGGCUCUCGCUGCAGCUGGCCCUCACGGAGCUGGAGACGCUGGCCGAGAAGCUGAACGAGCAGAAGCGGCUGGCCGACCAGGUGGCUGAAAUCCAGCAGCUGACCAAGAGUGUCAGCGACCGCAGCAGCCUCAGCAAGCUGUUGACCUCCGGCCAGCGGCAACUGCUCCUCUGUGAGACGCUGACGGAGACUGUGUACGGCGACCGCGGGCAGCUGAUCAAGUCCAAGGAGCGCAGGGUCUUCCUGCUCAGCGACAUGCUGGUCUGCGCCAACAUCAACUUCAAGCCCGCCAGCAACAGGGGCCAGCUGGAGAUCAGCAGCCUGGUGCCCCUGGGGCCCAAGUACGUGGUGAAGUGGAACACGGCGCUGCCCCAGGUGCAGGUGGUGGAGGUGGGACAGGACGGCGGAGCCUGCGACAAGGACAACGUGCUCAUCCAGCAUGCUGGUGCUAAGAAGGCCUCGGCCUCGGGGCAGGCGCAGAAUAAGGUGUACCUGGGCCCCCCGCGCCUCUUCCAGGAGCUGCAGGACCUGCAGAAGGACCUGGCGGUGGUGGAGCAGAUCACGCUGCUCAUCAGCACGCUGCACGGCACCUACCAGAACCUGAACAUGACGGUGGCCCAGGACUGGUGCCUGGCCCUGCAGAGGCUGAUGCGCGUGAAGGAGGAGGAGAUCCACUCGGCCAACAAGUGCCGCCUCCGGCUCCUGCUUCCUGGGAAGCCCGACAAAUCCGGCCGCCCCAUCAGCUUCAUGGUGGUCUUCAUCACCCCCAACCCCCUGAGCAAGAUCUCCUGGGUCAACAGGCUGCAUCUGGCCAAGAUCGGACUCCGGGAGGAGAACCAGCCAGGCUGGCUGUGUCCAGACGAGGACAGGAAGAGCAAAGCCCCCUUCUGGUGCCCCAUCCUGUCCUGCUGCGUCCCCGCCUUCUCCUCCCGGGCCCUCAGUCUGCAGCUCGGGGCCCUGGUCCACAGUCCUGUCAACUGUCCCCUGCUGGGCUUCUCGGCUGUCAGCACUUCCCUUCCACAGGGCUACCUCUGGGUCGGGGGUGGGCAGGAAGGCGCCGGGGGCCAGGUGGAGAUCUUCUCCCUGAACCGGCCCUCGCCCCGCACCGUCAAGUCCUUCCCGCUGGCCGCCCCAGUGCUUUGCAUGGAGUACAUUCCGGAACCAGAUGAGGAGGCAGAGGGCGGAGACGCGAGCCAGACAGCGGCUGACCCCCCUCCUGCAGUGCGUCCCACCAUCUGCCUUGGGCUCCAGGACGGCAGCAUCCUGCUCUACGGCAGCGUGGACACUGGCACCCAGUGCCUGGCGACCUGCAGGAGUCCAGGCCUGCAACCCGUGCUCUGCCUGCGGCACAGCCCCUUCCACCUUCUGGCCGGCUUGCAGGACGGGACGCUCGCCGCCUACCCUCGGACCAGCGGCGGGGUCCUCUGGGACCUGGAGAGCCCUCCAGUGAGCCUGGCCGUGGGGCCCAGCCCUGUUCGCACCCUGCUGAGCCUGGAGGACGCCGUGUGGGCCAGCUGUGGCCCGCAGGUCACCGUCCUGGAUGCCUCCACCUUGCAGACUCAGCAAAGCUUCGAGGCGCACCAGGACCCGGGCGUGAGCGUGACGCACAUGGUGAAGGCCGGCAGUGGCGUCUGGAUGGCCUUCUCCUCCGGCUCCUCCAUCCGCCUCUUCCACACUGAGACCCUGGAGCAUCUGCAGGAGAUCAACAUCGCCACGCGGACCACCUUCCUCCUGCCAGGCCAGAAGCACUUGUGUGUCACCAGCCUGCUGAUCUGCCAGGGUCUGCUCUGGGUGGGCACCGACCAGGGUGCCAUCGUCCUGCUGCCCGUGCCGCGGCUGGAAGGCAUCCCCAAGAUCACAGGGAAAGGCAUGGUCUCCCUCAACGGUCACUGCGGGCCUGUGGCCUUCCUGGCGGUGGCGACCAGCAUCUUGGCUCCCGACAUCCUGCGGAGCGACCAGGAGGAGGCCGAGGGGCCGCAGGCCGAGGAGGACCCGCCGGACGGGCAGACACGCGAGCCGGCGCCCCGGGCGGACAGCCCCGUGGGCCGGGAGCUGACACGCAAGAAGGGCGUCCUCCUGCAGUACCGCCUGCGCUCCACGGCCCACCUGCCUGGACCCCUGCUGUCCGUGCGGGAGCCGGCGCCCGCGGGCUCGGCCCUGGAGCACAGUGAGGAGGACGGCUCCAUCUACGAGAUGGCCGACGACCCCGACGUCUGGGUGCGCGGCCGGCCCUGCGCCCGGGACGCCCACCGCAAGGAGAUCUGCUCCGUGGCCAUCAUCUCCGGCGGGCAGGGCUACCGCCACUUCGGCAGCACACCGGGCGGCAGCGGGAGAGCCGCCCCGUGCGGGGACACGGACAGCGCCCUCCUCAUCUGGCAGGUGCCCUUGAUGCUAUAGUGCUGGCCACCCAGGGUGCAACCCAGUGGGCCUCUGCAGCCUCGGACCCUGGAGCCUGCGUGGAGCCCCCGGGCUGCACAGGACCACGCCCCGGGCUGGGGCAGAGCGGGAGAGCCUCGGCCCGCCUGGGAGGGGCCUGGGACCCGGAGAGGGGGGACAUGUCCAGAGGAAAUGGCCUUUUAAAAGCAGAACACGAAACCUCACAACUGCCUGGAGAACCCAGUCGGGGUGUCCUGAGCCUGGCGGUGCGUGCGUGCGGCAUGGAUCUAUAAAUAGGUGCCUACUGUGUACAUUACGUGUAUAAACGCAGCCUGUACAUACGGGAGAUCUGGAGAUGCUGGAAUAAAGGCAGAGGCGCGGUU